AAGCCGCACGUGAUGGACAAGAUUCCCGGAAGUUGUCACCGAUAUGACUUCGGUAUCUCAGAAGAGAAGCCAUGGAGGUGCACGUCAAGGGGCAGGACGUCGCCGCAAGUGCACAACAAGUGUUAUGAAGACUAUUAAACUGUCGCAAGACAUCUAUAGUAGGCUUUGGCGAUUAAAGGUUCAGUGGCAGGUGUCGUCUUUUGGAGAGCUUGCUGGUUUACUUCUGGUAUUCGUUGAGUCCUGCAGUUGCCAAAGACAUGAAGUACCUGAAUCUGAAGACUCCUUACCAUCUAAGCGAAUAAGAACUGAUGAUUCAAGAGAGUAUGAAGGUGUACUAAAUCUCUGCUCUACACCCAACCAGGUGAGACAAGGAAGACAACGGUUUGCCACAAGUCUGAGUCCUAUCAGUCAGAAAUGUGAAGAUUCCUUGUCAGGGGUCGAGGAUGGGUGCACACCUGUAAAUAUUACAAGCAGCAGUCAAGGUAACAGUGAAGAAAAAGCGUCCGUAGGUGUGUGGCAGCACUCGGAUGUCAGUUCAUCAACAUCAGGGUCAGAAGAAGAUGAUGAAGAAAUCCACAACCAAUCUGAGAUACAGCGAUUACUGGCAAUUCAAAUUGAACCAGAUGACACAUCUGAAAUUGACCAUUAUUUAGAAACUUGCAGUGAUUCCUUACCUAAACUGAUAGAUGAAAACCCUUGCUUGGAUGAUGAACUUGAUGCAAGUUUCUUGGAUACAUCUAUUCUGCCAGAAAAUUCAGACAUAAAUUCUUCAGCAGGAUCAAUUCCUUCUCAAAAUGAAACUGAGGUUCCAAUCCAUUACAAACGACCACAUCCAGUGCUUCAAGUCAUCAACUUUUGUGCUCAUGGCAGCUCCAUAACAGCACAAAAGACCAUCGUGGAGGGUGAUUUGGAAGAGACGACUACUUGUGCUCGAGUGGUGUGUGAUGCAGACAACAUCUUGCAGCUUCUUGGGACAGCAUGCAGGCAUCCCUUCUCUCAAGAGAAUAUAUCAGUGAAGCAAACGUAUGUUGGUGGCACACUUUGUUUACAAUGGCAUUGCAGAAAUCGUCAUGAAGGCUCAUGGAGUAGCUCUAAGCGUUGCAAGGGAAGAAAGUCAUAUCCCUUCUUCACCAACGACCUGCUUUUUGCUUCCUCAAUAGUUGUCUCUGGCAACCAGUUUGCAAAGAUUGAGCUCAUGUGCCGUUUCUUGGGGUUGAAUUUCCAGUCACAAUCAACAUUCUAUCGAAUUCAAAGACUCUACAUUUGUCCCUCAGUUUUUGAACUUUGGUCGGAGACCAGAGAGACAAAUCUUGCUGACAUUGCAAACUGCCCUGUUGUCUUAGCUGGUGAUGAGAGGAACGACUCACCAGGUUUCUCAGCAAAGUACUGUGUCUACUCGUUAAUGGAUUGCGAGAGCCACAAAGUCAUUGAUGUACAAAUUUUUGACAAACGAGAUGUAGACUUAGAGACCACGACGAUAGAAAAACUUGGUCUUCAGCGAGGAAUGACAUCUGUCCGACUCAGGAUCAACGUAGUAGAACUUGUCACAGAUGCAUCCACAGGUGUAAAAGCAAUGAUGGCACGAGAUGCUGAAUAUAAAGAGAUCUUUCAUUCCCUAGAUGUCUGGCAUAAAGCCAAGAAGCUAGCAAAAGCGUUGUCCGAGGCAUCAAAGAAAAAGGAGCUUGCAGAAUUAAGACCAUGGAAAAGGUCCAUAGUCAACCACUUCUGGUGGUCGUGUGAACAGGCACAGGGAGACGUCCAGAAAUUGAAUGUGCUCUUUUGGCAUACAGGUGCAUUAGAGAACUACCACAGUGUAAUCUUGAAGUAUGCCCCUAAACGAAAAGCAUUUGGGUUAUUUUGUUACUUUGUAUCAAUGAGUUUACCGUGGCAAUGUUUCCUCACUUGUUGA